AUGGUCGACGGUCGGAAGCAGUGCCAGAAAUGCCUCGAGGAGUACAAGAAGCAGCGGCCCGCACACACCGCCUGCUUGCCGCCCAACAAGGAGUGCACCAUUAAGGCCACGCACGUAAGCAAAGCCGGUAUCCAGCUCAUCCUCAGAACGCACAACCACUAUAGAAGCAUGGUGGCCAUGGGAAAGCUCCCGAAGUUCUCGACGGCCACAAACAUGCAGCAGCUGCUAUGGGAUGAAGAGCUUGCUUCUGUGGCACAGGCCAAGGCGGAUCAGUGCACGAACGCCAAUGGAAAACUGGAUCACGAUAAGGCUGCAGACAGGUUCACUACCAAGUUUAAAUCCGUAGGACAAAACUUGGCCUUCCGGAGAAGCAGUGCGUCAUUCAAGGGAACUGACUGGCCCGGUCAGAUCAAGGCGUGGUUCGACGAAUAUUAUCACUACCCGCCGGACAGCGUGAACAGUUUUUCGCCUCCUACCGAAGAGCCGACUGGACACUUUACGCAGGUUGUGUGGGCCACGACGGGCUACGUUGGUUGCGGCUACGCCGAUUACACCGUCGCCGGCGUCAAGCAGAUGCCGUACAUGCAGCUGUACGUGUGCAACUACGGCACAGCAGAUCAGUCUGCUUGGUAA